AUGACGUAUACUUAUGGAAUGAACGAACUAGAUGCUGUCUACAAGGCUGCGAAAGGACAAUGGUUUGACAUAUCUGAAGGUAGCAUGUUUGAUUCACAAGGCGUUUCAACGCUAGAAUACCUACAACGGGACAAAAUCAUUCCUUCAGCAUGUCCCAAUUACUGCCUUUCAGUAAACAUAAGCUUAGAAUACCAAAAACUUAACAGCUUAACGGAUACCUUUGUCACAGAUGUUAAAAGCCUCAUGCCACUCGAUCAACUGCAUGAUGAAUUUGGUUUAGGCAUGGAAAGAGAUCCAGAAACCUUAGACGACUCUGACUUAGAGAUUCUAGCUGAACAAUCAGGUUAUACUAAAGCAGGCAGUAUCCCCAAGAAAUUUGGGGGCGAUUCUCUGAGUGCAACCGUAGUGGUAAAUGAAGACACUAUACAUUUACUUGGUUCAUCCGACGAAUACACUUGUCCCUCUUACGUGACAGAUUGUAAAGUCUUGAAAGGGUGCAAAAAAAAUGAAGAUGAUUUAGUUCUGAUGACGACCGAUAAUGAAAAGCUGUGUGCUAUCAUUUUUGAUGAAAAUCUCAAACCGGUUAUUAUCCAAUGGUGGAACCUAGCAGUGGAAGGAGACACGCGAGGAACAUGGAGAAUAGCCAUAGAUCAUAAAGGGGGGCAAUUUGGUCUCUUUAGUAACACACUUGUUAAGUUUUUUAAACGCCGUGACAGAUUUCAUUGCGAGCUGGUAAACAAUCUUUAUUUUGAAGAAAGCAGGAUAUUAAGUUGUUGUUUUCUACAAGGAAAAGACUUCAACGACCAUAGUAUGAUGUUCUUGUCCGUUCUGAGGUUACAGAGGUUAAUAUAUUGCAUUUGUGAAUGGGAUAGCUUUCAAGAAGAGAAGAAAGAAGUGUAUCCUCUGACAUUAUUAUCCGGGGAGGUGACUCAGCUGGUGCUUCCUUUGAAUCAAAAUCGAUGUUUGCUGUGGACUAAAAAUGAUGUACAAUUAGUUUCAGCGAACCAAAUAAUGUCUGGGGACCCUUCAUUCCGUAGUUUAGAUCGAUCAAUAUUUGGAACACCAAUGGAAAGUUACUUCGAAGAUCCCGAGCUAUUAUCUAAAUUGCAGAAUUCACAUCCAGAUCUCUCUCAAUUUACUCAUUGCUCGGUGUUUGCUACAUCGAAUGGUGCAUUGUGCUGUUGCCUCGUAGAUAGUAACGACGAGAUUCGCUUUCUCGGACUAACAAGGUUUAAAGGAUUGAAGAAUAUUUUCAAAGCUUCUAAUGACGGCCUAGAGUUUGAUCAGUAUCGCGUCUUUAUCUCUAGUUUCGGCAAGGUAUUUGAACUUAUUUUAGACUUGACUGGCAUUGGGAUAUUUUCCAAAGACUACAAGAUACCGUCAUUGAAAAAUAUCUGCAAAAGAAGAACUGUUGACGCAGGAUAUCCUAACAGUGAAACUUUGAUGCUACUCACUUCAGCAAGGAGACCAAGAGAUGAUGCAAGUGAACUCUGGCUAACUUCUCAAUCGACGCUAUCCCAUCUCACACCAGAUGGCUAUACGCAAAGCGUCACAUGCCUAGUAACGUUGAAAAGUUUCGAAGAAUACAAUAUGAUUCAUGUUGUUGAAAUCAAUAACUUGGAUGACUUUUGGAAAUCUCAAUUUCAAGAUCAUCCUGAUACGCUUAAUUCUCACGAUAUCUUGCUAAUUGGAACAAAUAUGAGUAGUGAAUCCAGGGCGUUCUUGAUUAAUCCAGAAUAUCAAACUCUAUGCGAGGGUAUAGUCGAACUUGAUGAUAUUCUCCCUAAUAAUAGCACCGGAAGUCUUCUCUUUUUCAUAAGUGCCAAAAAGGUUGUUCAAGUUUCAAAAAGUUCUAUCUUCGUUGACAACUUGGAGGAUGGCAGUGAGUGGCAUAAAAGCCCACAGUGGGAAAUUGACGGAGCUAUUCAUUGCGGUCAGAGAGUCGUGGUUUGGAAUAAGUUGAAAAGUUGUUUACUGUUGAUUGAUGAUAUCAACAUGGAAGGUGAUUUAAUGUCCUUUGAACUUCAGUGCCCAUUAAACAGUAAAUUCCAAGUAAUCACAGAUGUCUCCUUCCUCGAGGAAGGGAAUGAUACAUCACUUUUGGUUGCUUGUAGUGGCAUCCUUUAUAUAUACCGAUGUGGUUCGAUGAUGUCAAAUGAUAUUCUGCCGACACGUAUAUUGGACAGUUUCAAAGCUCAUUUCUUAGCCACUCAUGGACAUCAAGUUGUUAUUAGCAAUCAAGAUGGCGAGAUCUUCGUCAAAUACGAAGUUGGCGUUUUAAGUUCAGAAGCCUUUUACAAAAUUAAUCCAAUUCCUCGAGCUAGAGAACCUUAUGAGCUUAGAUUUUACGGACAGGACACCUGCUUAUUGUUCACUCCGAAAGAUCUAAAACUGUUAAAUUUUGAAAAUAGAGGUCUUCAGCCAAUCACUUUUCCAGAUCGUCGAAAAACGUCUUCAAUUAUUGAAGUGAAAGUUUCGAAAGGUUUGAUAUUUGUGUUAUUCAAUGAUGGGCUUGAGAUCGUCAAAACCUCUUAUGUUACAAGAGCUCCAAAGAGUAUUGUUGUGAAGUCCACGCGCAGCAUUGGGAAAAAAUACGUCUUCUUGCGUAAAAUUAAUAGGAUGCUGAUUAUGGAUACGCAAAAGAAGACAAUGGAUUGUGCUAAGUUAGAGAAUGGAAAGUUAAUGUCCUUGGAUUCGCGAGCCCUGAGAAAUUUUGAAACAAUAUCAGAUAUAAUGGAGCUGCAGGACGAAACCUCCGUCACUUCCUUGGUAAUCAGUGGAAGUGAGCAGAAGGGUGACGAGCACUCGACAUUACCGAUGACGAAGAUUAUUCAGAUUAUUCCUCGGCCGGGAAGAUUAUCAAUCAAAGAACUGUUGAAAAAACGACUUACAGAAUCAUUAAGACUUAGUCUGAAAGCAAUUUCGAGUAGGCUUUUUUGGGCCGUGGGGGAUAAAACGGCAACUCUUGUGGAGUACGCGGAUGGAGAUCUACAAAUCAAUAGAGAGUUUAAACUUGAAUCCAACGAAAUCCGUAGUUUCGAUGCUAUACAUGAUUUAAUUGUCGUAAUAUCAACUAAUUCGGAUAUUAUUUGUGAAAAGAAAAUGAUGAAUGGAGACUGGGUACGGCUUGAUGGCUACGAUAGAGCUACAUCUACAUUGUAUGAUGUCCGCAUCGUAGGCAAAGGCUACAUUGUAAUCAGUGCAGAAAAAGAGGAAUUCAAAUCUUCCCCAGGUGUGCUGCUUUUAUUCAAAAUAGAAAAUGACACUCUAGAGUGUUGUAGCACAGUAUCGUUUCCAUCAUUAAUUAAAGACUAUCAGUACUGUCCUAAGACUGGCCGCAUGUACGUGCUGCUUAGUGACGGCUCUAUUGAGAUAUUAAAAGCAGCGAGCUUACCUUUCCCGAACGACGACUUAACAUUGCAUCAAACAGUUCCAACAUCUGCUGACAUUCCUUCACAAAUCGGCUGUUGGCCAAUGAAUAAGUGGAAUAUUACAUCUAGUCACAUCUGA